AUGGCCUCUGCCACAGGAGCUGGACAGCUGGUGGCUACUGUGGUGCUUAUGUGCAUAUUGCUUCGUGAGGCAUCUGUUCAAAACCUCAUCAAGAACCCCAAGAACCAGAAGACAGAGCACUCACUCCUGAUAAAUGAAAUCAAUGCGGACAACCCGGGGGAAGAUACCGCUGAGUUUGUGGAGCUCUAUCACACCAGUGGCCGAGAGGCCCCCUUGGAUGACUACUACCUGGUCUUUUACAAUGGUAAUGGCAACCAGGCCUACAAAGUCCUGAAUCUUCAGGGCAAAGUCACCGAUAAUCAAGGGUUCUUUCUUGUUGGGUCUUCCACAGUGAAACCCCAGCCCUCUGUGAUCUUGCCUAAGAACACUAUCCAGAACGGGCCUGAUGCCAUUGCCCUGUAUUAUGGGAAGGGGAACUACCAGGAGCGUAUGAGGGUCACCAGCGACGGGCUGGUGGAUGCCUUGGUCCAUAAGUCUAGAAAGAAUGACAGAGCGGACGUGUUGCUCAAUGUGCUGACCCCCGACAGGGAUGCUUUCCUGGAGGAUCCCUCCUUCAGGACCACAGACGAGUCAAUAGAAAGGUGCCAUGGGGAGGGUUCUCAGUGGAUCUUUCAAGUGGCCAUACCCACCCCAGGCAAGGAUAACCACUGCAUCCACUUUUCCCAGCUGAAUGCUUCUGCCGUGCUGAUCAGCGAGGUCCACGCUGUGACCUCUCCUGAGGAGUCAGAAUUCAUUGAGCUUCAGGGACCUCCUUCCACUGCCCUGAGGGACUUGGUUCUGGUGCUGAUUGAAGGACGGACCAAAGAGGUUUAUUUCUUCAUGGAUGUUUAUGGCAAAACCUCUCCUGAGGGGCUAUUUCUCAUUGGUCCUGCGCAAGCCAGAACCCCAGUUGACCUGCCAUUCCCACCAAACUCCAGCAGCCCUCUUCUCAGCACUGGUCUCCAAGCCAUCGCCCUGUACAUUGGAAACAGCAGCAGUUUCACACUGGGGAAAGCAGCAUGUGCUGCCAACCUAUUGGAUGCUUUAGUGUACACAAGCAAUGAGAGUGCAGACCCAGAGCUCCUAGAGAUCCUGACCCCUGGGAGACAUGCCUAUGAGACUAACAGCCACCAGCCAGGUAAUAUAUCCAUGAGUCGGUGCAGCUGCUGCUCUGUGACCCGGGACCCCUCCAUCUACGCCCUCAGCAGCCCCACACCCGGACAGUUCAAUGACUGCCCCAGCAGCCGCUUCAGCCAGUCCAUCUCCCUCUGCCUCCAUAUAGCAGAUUGCCAGCUGUGGCUCCUGGGGUCAUAUGAGAUACAGACGGCUCUUGCCCAGGCCCUUGACAAGCUGUGCAAUUGUGGAAUAUCUGUUGCAUACUUUAAAGAUCCUGUAACAACAUGCCAGGGCACAGAGCUUGUAUUCACCAUGCUCCUGACUGCCAAGUCAGCUGAGCAGCUGAGCAGCCUGGUACAAGCCUUCACCAGCUUCCUGGAGAGCCCCAGGGCAGCAAGUUUCAGCAGCUGGAAUGCCACAGUGGAAAAGGCCUGUUUCAAACAUGCUAAUGUCACAGCAUCUCCUCCAGGUGCCUCAUCAGAAGGGACCAGUGAGCCACCUUCCCACGCAGCUGAGCUGCUCAUCAACGAGGUGAAUCCAGACAAUCCGGGAGGCAAGGAGGAUAUGGAGUACAUUGAGCUGCUCUACGCUGGGCAAACACAUUUUGACCUCCGUGGUUAUUGGCUGGUCCUUUAUAACGGCAAAAACAACCAGGCCUACAGGGUGGUGAAUCUGACGGGCUACUGUACUAACGAGCGGGGCUACUUCCUGGUGGGGAGUGCAUUGGUGACCCCAAGUCCUGUGAUUGUUCUGCCUCCGAACACCAUCCAGAAUGGGGGGGAUGCCGUGGCCCUCUAUCACAGUACCACGUUCGCCUACAGCGUGGGCAUGGCUGUGACUGAGGCAGGGCUGGUGGAUGCAGUCGUCUAUAAGUCCCGGGCGUCUGACAGGGCAGAUAAGCUGCUCAAAGUACUGACCCCAGGGCAGAAUAUCCUGUAUGAAGAUGACUCCCACAGCAGCCAGGAUGAGUCUCUGAGCCGGUGUAACAGCCAGAGCCCCAGAGUCCACAGCAGCUUCCAGGUGACUACGAUAACACCAUUCGGGGAGAAUGCCUGCGCCAACUCCUCAGCACCAUCUCCCACUGCCCCCUCCCUCCUAAUCAACGAGCUGAGCAUGACCAACAGCACCGCCCCCUACCAGUUCAUUGAGCUGAAGGGGAAACCUGGAGCCACCCUGGGAGGAUAUACCCUGGUGUUCUUCUCUGGGCAGGAUGGCAAAGCAUAUGCCAGCAUCCCACUACAGGGCACAUUCGGGACCACGGGCCUAUUUGUGAUUGCACCGUCAGGACUGCCCAGGCCUGAUCAGCAAUUGCCAUUUAUCAGGAAUGCCCCAUCUGUUAGACGUGGCUCCAGCGCUGUGGCAGUGUACAACAGCUGUCAAGCAAGAAUUCCUGUUGACAUGAUGGUGACUCUAGAGAACCUGGUGGAUGCUCUGGUGUACACAUGGGAAUCUAACACAGGCAAAGGACAGCUGAACCGCCUCGGCCCAUCGCACUUUGUGCCUUGUGCGGAGGAGAGGCCAGUGUCUCUGAGCCGCUGCUCCUACUGUGAUGCGAGUGCUGCGCUGGCGUAUGCCAUCUCAGACCCUACGCCUGGCUUGGAGAACAGCUGCCCCCUAAAGUCAUUUGCUGUGGAUCUUGACAUGUGCCUGCUCACACCCAAUUGCUCUAUGUGGACCCCAAACCCUGAGAGGGCACUUGACAGCAUAGAGAAGGUAUUAACGAAAUCCAUAGAGGAAAAGUGUGCCUGCGGCGUCUCCCAGUUCUAUCUACACGCAGAGCUCAACUUCACCUGCAUAGACGCCAUGUUGCAGCUUUCAGGUCAGGUGUGGGCUAAGUCACCAGAGCAACAGCAUCUAAUCCUAAACUGGCACAAGGACUUCACUGCCAGCCCUCAUCCCUUUUCCGUGGAUGGGAGAGUACUUAAAACAAACAAAGAAUGUGUCGCUCCGGACAAUGCAGUGUCAAUAUUACAGAGUGAUUUCUCCUUCCAAGCCUGGAAAAUAGCCCUCUUUGUCCUGGGAUCUAUCCUACUCACACUCACACUAGUUGCUGUAGCCAUCACUUACUUCAAAAGACACUCCCUGAAUUACACCACCAUUGAAAUGAAUGACUACAGACAGAUGGCAGCAGACUUCUAACUCUUCCAGGAAAAACAUCACUGGCAAGAUCCAUUAUUCUAGGGGUGGGUGGGGCUUGCAUCUCAAGGUGAGUGAGAUGUCCGUCCAGUACCCUACCUGACACUAGGAUUGUUGCACAGACCCACUCUACAGCGAGAAUAUAACUUUAAAUGUAAAGUGCCUGGGUUAUUUUUUAAACUGUGAGUGGCCUACAGUUGACUAAAAGAUUUAAGAAAUGGACUCUGUGAGUAUUUCUUCUCGCCAAAGCUUGUGGUGGAUGUAGAACUUGAAAGGCCCCGAACUGCAGCAGGAUGCCUGUCACCAUUGUGGAUGGGCUGCUAGACUGGGGUGAGAAGAAGACAAUAGUGUUCCCUAGUCUUCUCUCAAGACAGAUUUGGUGCCGGUGAUAAAUCAAGUGGUGGCAGCUUGCAGGGGCAUGGGAAUUGUCCCAGGCUCUAGUCAGCUGGGGAAAAGAUUAACAGAAGGACAGACUGACUUAUCCUGGAAGUUGAGUCCAGUUCUUAUUCAGCCUGAUUGCUGCUGUACAUGUGAGUAAAAUGUGUUACUGCAGUGGAUAAACAAUCUUCCUUAAUCUUUUCUGUUCCAAGCUCAUGUUGGAUGCUCUAGGCCUUUCAAAGGCCCUGCCAUUCUGAUGACAGUCUAGCAGGGGCCAGAGGUUUACAAGCCUAAAUGCAUUAAUAUGAAGAUGGGAUGAUUUUGCAUGUGAUUGAUACAUAGUUUGCUUCCAAGGUGAUCUGGAUAGAAUUUCUCUGGUUGAGAAUCUAUUAUUUCUGUCCUAUCAGGACCCUGGCUUGACUGUGUCUAACCCUGUAGGAUUGUUUUAUGCCUCGAGCAGUGUCUUUGGUGCAAGACAUUCCUCUCAUUCCUAGUCCUGCAGCAACUGGAACUGCCUGAGCAGGCAGACAGUGGAGCAGUCGUGUGGCAGGGGGAGAGGUGGCUGUGCAGCAGAUUUCCUCUGGUCCCUCUUCAGUUGGGAUCUCUUGCCUUCACUGAGUGAACAACUCAGGGCAUGUCUACACUUACUUCUGGAGUGAUCGAUCCAGCGGGGGUCGAUUUAUCGUGUCUAGUGAAGACACAAUAAAUCGACCACCAAACACUCUGUCAACUCUAGUACUCCACCAGCGUGAGAAGCAUAGGCGGAGUCGACGGGCAGUGGCAGCAGUUGACCUACCAGAGUGAAGACACUGCAGUAAGUAGCUCUAAGUAUGUCAACUUCAGCUAUGCUAUUUUCAUAUCUGAAGUUGCAUAACUUAGACUGACUUAGCUCACCUCCCUCUCCCCUGCACUGUGGACCAGGCCUCAGUAUCAAACAGCAGGAGCUCCCUAACUGCUGAUUGCGGAUGUUGCAUGCUACUUUUGCCUCUAUUAGUCAAACACUAUACCAGAGUGUUCAAAGUCCUGGGUUAUCGUAUUUCAUACUCCUCUACUGCGCUCACACAUUCCUGCCAGAGUACACACCCUGCAUUAUGUACGUACCGAGCCCUGUGCGACAGUCCCACUUCACCCCGCAUUACGUACCCGCCCAGCCCUGUCCGACAGUCUUGCUCCACUCCGCGUUAUAUAUCUGCCGAACCCUGUGUGACAGACCUGCGCCAACCCGCAUUACGAACCCGCCCAGCCCCAUUUCACAGUCCCGCUCCUCCCUACAUUACGUACCCUCCCAGCCCCAUGCAACAGUCCCACUCCAGGUGGUAUUGCGUUCCCACCGAGCCCCAUGCGAAAGACCCUCUCUAGGUGGAAUUGCAUACCUGCCUAGCCCCAUGCCACAGUCCUGCUCCACCUGUUACGUACCCGACAGGCCCCAGGCCACAGUCACAGGCCACCCCACGUUACGUUCCCACCAAGCACUGCACGAUAGACGCGGACCACACCCUGUUACAUACCCAACAGGCCCCAUGUCACAGUCCCAGUCCACUCCGCAUCACGUACCCAACAGACCCCAUGCCACAGUCCUGGUCCAUCCCGAAAUAUGUACCCACUGAGCCCCGUCCCACAGUCCUGCUCCACCCCGCCUUACGUACUCGUCCAGCCCCGCGUUAUGUACCCAACGAACCCCAUGCCACAGACCCGCUCCAUCCCGUUACAUUUUCACUCAGCCCUGUCCGACAGACCCGCUCCACCCCCCGUUAUGUACCUAACGGGCCCUGUGCUACAGUCCCGGUCCACCCCGCUUCACAUACCUGCUGACCCCCUUGCGACAGACCCAUUCCACCCCACUUUAUGUACCCGCCCAGCCCCAUCCAACAGAUCCACUCCACCCACCAUUACGUACCUGACAGGCUCUGUGCCACAGUCCCGGUUGACUCAGCAUCACAUACCCAGUGGACCCCAUGCCACAGUCCCAGUCCACCCCACGUCAUGAACCCGACAGGCCCUAUGCCACAGUCCUGCUCCACCCCAUGUUAUGGACCCGCCUAGCCCUAUACAACAGUCCAGCUCCAUCCCACGUUACAUACUCCCUCAGCCCCAUGCCAUAGUCCUGCUCCAGCCCGCGUUACGUACUGCCCAGCUCCCUACAAUAGACCCGCACCAGGCAUCACUGAGUCCUCACCGAACCCCCUGCAAUAGAUCCACUCCAGCCAGCAUUGUGUCCCCACCCAGCCCCGUGCAACACCCCACAUUACGUAUCCAACGGGCCCCAUGCCACAAUCCUGCUCCACCCCAUUAUGUACCCGCCCAGUCACAUCUGACAGACCCGCUCCACGUACCCAACAGGCCCCAUGCCACAGUCCUGCUCCAGCCCAUGUUACAUACUGGCCAAGCCCCGUGCCACAGUCCUGCUCCACCCCACAUUAAGUCCCCACUGGCCAAGUCCCCAUUCGACAGUCCUGCUCCACCCUGCAUUACAUACCCGCCCAGCCCCGUGUGAUAGACCUGCUCCAGGCAGCAUUGCGUCCCUGCCCAGCCCCGUGCAACAUACCUGCUCCACCCCAUGUUAUGUACCCACCGAGCCCCAUCAGACAGACCCACUCCACCCCCCAUUAUAUACCUAAUGGACCCUGUGCCACAGUCCUGAUCCACCCUGUAUCAUGUACCCGACGGGCCCCAUCCAACAGACCCACUCUGUAGGGGAAAACCUGUGGUGCCUUCGUGAAAUGCCCAAACAACAACUGGAAAUCCACCUUGGCUGCCCUUCUUCCCCCCUCCUCAGUUAUAGUUUCCCACCCUUUCUACCAAAAGGCCGGAAACCAAGCAAACCAUGUGAUCUAUGAUCUGCCCAGUAACAGCAGAGCAUAUAAGGGCCUGCACAGCAGAGGGAAGGGGCUGCCCUUCUGAGUGGCAGAGUCUGGAGGUGCUGUUGCUGCAAAUGUUGAGAGCUAAGAUGUCUGCUGUGCUCUCCAAUUGCCUCAGAGGGGUACGCUGAGCACCGAACUCUUUCAUCUGGUUGCGGUUUCAUCUGGUUCAUCACACUUACAUGGAGAAUGUGUGUCACCAGCUGCCAUCCUUUCACAGAGGACAAACACACACCCAUGAUGUCACAGGCGGAGUACAAGCAGAAUCAUCGCUGGGGCAGAGCUGCCAUCACCUGAUCCUGAGGUCCACUCUUUACCUGUGGGUUCCACCUACUUGGACGGAGUCCGGAGCUGUCCCGUCAUUGUGAGGGUCCCCAGAGCUGCAAGGUAUGGUAGUGGUCCAUUGAUCCUCCAUCCUUUUACCUGGGUCCCGUCCUAGGGGAGGGAACAUAUCCUCAGUCACCAUCAGCAUACUGCCAGUUGUUUACUUACCUUAUAUCACCUAUUGUGGGGGUCCUUGCUUUACCUGUUGUGAUGAUGUUGCCUCUGGCAGGACACAACUGAGAGUAUCAAUUCACGACAAAUUGCUUAGAGCAGGGCAGUCACAGCCCAAGACUGGGUUUCCUCCACUUCUAAGGCACACCAAACCAGCCAAAGAGAAAGGACUUCGGUCUCACCCCACUGGCUAACCAGAAGUCAUACAAGCAAUUCCCUUAGACACUCCAGUUUUCCAGUAUCACCACCAGCAGCCACUUCUUAUAGGAAUGAAUGGUUAUGGAAACCAAUACACCAGUAAAAGAAAAAAAGGGUUCUCCCAAUCCCAAAGGGCCAAACCCCAGACCCAGGUCAAUAUACAAGUCAGAUAUACAAGUCAGAUCUUACCCAUAAAUCACUCUGUUUCCAAUCCUUUAGAACCUAAAAUCUAAAGGUUUAUUCAUAAAAAGAAAGAAAUAUAGAUGAGUUGAAAUUGGUUAAAUGGAAUCAAUUACAUACAGUAAUGGCAAAGUUCUUGGUUCAGGCUUGUAGCAGUGAUGAAAUAAACUGCAGGUUCAAAUAAAGUCUCUGGAGUACAUCCACAGCUUGGAUGGGUCAUUUACUCCUUUGUUCAGAGCUUCAGUUUGUAGCAAAGUUCCUCCAGAAGUAAGAAGCAGGACUGAAAAAAAAAAAAAAAAGAAGAGGGAUUUCCAGGGCCUUUUAUAUCCUCUGCCAGAUGGAAGGACACCCCUUUGUUCUUACUAUGGAAAAUCACAGCAGCAAGAUGAAGUCUGGAGUCACAUGGGCAAGUCACAUGUCUAUGCAUGACUCAGUUCUUUUACAGGGAGAGCAGCCAUUGCUCACAUGCUACCUUUAAAUGUUCCCAGAAAGACUUUUCAUGUUGAUUGGAGUCUGCCAAGGUCCAUUGUCAGUCAAGUGUUUCUUGAUUGGGCACUUAAUCUGCAAAUUCCUUUCUCAAGAAGCUGACCAAAUGCUUCACUAAUGCUACUUAGAAUCAAAUACAUUAAGAUACAAGUACAUAGCCAAUAUUCAUAAUUUCAACUACAAAAUUGAUAUAUGCACACAGAUAGCAUAAUUAUAACCAGGAGAUCAUAACCUUGUCUUAGACAUCUUAUUUGACCUCCUUUAUACAGGAUUUGGUACAGGACCUUGGUUGCAACAAUGAUCUAUACAGUCACAGUUUGUGUCAAUAAAGUUUGGUUUACCUUGUUUAGAACUGUUGAUGGUUUAAUAAAUACCUUGGUUGUUUUCACCCACA